AUGCCACAUGGAUUCAAGGUGGCUGACAUGCAUGCAACAGUAGAUGGAAUGUACAUCGAUGAAGUUGUUACAAAGUUGGUCGACAUUAAUUGUAGACCUUGUAAAUCAUGGGAGGUGUUGCAGAGACGUUACAGAGGUUUGCGGCUCGAGGAAGGUCAAACUGAGGUAAAGUCUUGGAAGCAAGUGAGGAAAGAUGGAGAUGAAGAAAGUGAUGAUGAUGGUGAUGAUGAUGAGCAAGUAAAGUCUUGGAAGCAAGUGAGGAAAGAUGGAGAUGAAGAAAGUGAUGAUGAUGGUGAUGAUGAUAGUGAUGAUGAUGAGCAAGGAGGUGCUGCAGUAAGGUCAACUGGUGUGGGAGCACUGCAGACUACUGUGGAAGGCAAAACUGUAUUGGGCAGUGCUGGCCCAAUACAUAACAUCUCAGGGAGGUGCUGCAAGGAGAUCAUCAAUGCUAAUCGCAAUAACUUUCUUAGCUUGGAGAACAGAGCAGGGGCCACUGAAAAAAGAAUUGAUGGAGUUGAGAACACGCUCAAAAAAAUUGGUGAGCAAAGUCAUAAGAUUUUUAAGGCUGCCUCGACUAGUAUGGAGGCUCUUAUUAGUAAGCUUGAGAAUGACCAUGGGGAUAAGGCUUCGGCAGACAUUAUUAAAGUGAAGAAACAUACCACAAAAGAUAAGGAGAUAGGGCUUGGGGGAAGAAAGUGGGCGAGCACCAGAAAGAUGCAAAGCCAUAGCAAGGCAAUUGAGGAAAUCAAGUGGGCGACUGAUAAUAUGGAACAACUGGAGCUGGAAGCUGCUGAAAUGCUUUAG